AUGAAAGUUCUUUGGGGAAAUACAAUUGCUAUCAUAAUUUGCUAUUUUAUUCAAAAUGCAAAUGCAAUACAGCUAUAUGGAAAUGAUUUAAAAUUUGAUGACACUCUUAAGCCUAAAAUACCAGCUGACAAAAAAAAAAUAUUAGAAGAUACUCAAUUUCAAGAGUCCUUAAAAUCAUUUUUAAAAAAUAAUGGAAAUGAAGAUUUUUUAAAAAAAAGUGCAAAUGAAAAUGAUGAUAUAUUUGGAUCUGAUAAAUUUAUAGAAGAAAAUAAAGAAUUUAUUAAUAGACAAAUUUUAUCUGAUUUAUAUAGUAAUUUUAUUGUUAAUGUAGUAAAUGAUAGCACUUUAAAUUUUUUAGAUGGUCUUAAAUCCAAUGAUGAUGCAAAUACUGAAUUUCAAAUUGAAUUUGAAGAAAGUUGUUCUCCAUUUUUUUGUGAAAAAGUUAUGAAAGCAGAAGAAGUUCCAUCAAAAAAUAAAACUAAUGAAAGAGAAAUUGUUUUACAUCAAAAUGGUAAUGCAGAUAAAGAAAUGCUUCUUAAUGUCAAUCAAUCUGAAAAAAGCGAUGAUAUAAAUAAUCAAAAUGGUGAAGAUAUGUUUGCCAGUCUUGAUUCGGUGCUUGAUAAAGCAAAUUCCAAUGCAAAAGGAGAUGUAGAUGCUAUAUAUUCUCGAGAAAUCGAUGGAAAUGAAGAUAAACAAAAAAUAGUUUUAACCGAUGGAACAAAUGUAUAUGUAUUAGAAGAAGUAACACAAGAUAAUAAUAAUGAAUUUAUGGAUGGUCAAAAUAUAAAUCGUAGAAACGAAGAUCAAGAAAUAAAAAUGCAUAUACCCCAAAAUAAUAAUAAAAAUGAAAAUGAUGACAUUAGUGAAUUAUUUGAAAAUGAUGACUUUUUAAAUAAUGCUAAUUUAUUUGGUGAUGAUAUUAGUGGGGAUGGAUUUGUUAAUAGUGUUUAUAAAGAUAGUGAAAGAGGAAUUAAAGAACAUAAAAUGGAUUCUAAUGAAAGUUUUGAAAAUAAAAAUGAAAAUAUAUCCAAUAAUAUCGAUGAAAGUAUAUUAAAUAUGACUGAAGAAGAAUUAUCACAAAAAAUAUUUGAUGAUAUAAAAAUGAAUAACGAAGAUAAAAUAGAAUGCCAUAACUAUUCUAAUAGUCAAGAUAAAUGUAAUAGUUUUAAAAAAUGUACAUAUGUUAAUAUUGACAAUAAAGAUGUUUGCUUUUUGGACUAUAAUUACAUGCUUUUCUUAAAAAACACAAACUGUACUUUGCAAUCGAAAUCCUCGCUCCUUUCCAUCUCAAAGGAUUUACUUCAGAACGAAAUAAUCAACAGACAAAUGUUCCAGCUACUAAGAAACAGCAGCAACAACAAUUUUAUUUGUGACACAAUUACCUAUUCAUUCCUUACAAGUGUUGUUGACAAUACAAAUUAUGACGAAAUAUUUUCCUAA